GGAGGGCGCGCCGGGCGGCGGCUGUGUGCUUUCCCGCCGUUUCCAGCGCCUCGUGAGAGAAGCGGAUGUCCUGAGAGCCGAAGCGCGGGAUCCGGAGCCGAAUGGAUUGGUUUCAUUGCAACCAGUGUUUCCGAAAGGAUGGGGCCCAUUUCUUUGUCACCAGCUGUGGCCAUAUUUUCUGUAAAAAGUGUAUGACUGUGGAAAAAUGUGCUGUUUGUGGAAGUCAUUGCAAGCAUCUGGCUCUUUCUGAUAAUUUAAAGCCUCAAGAGAAGAAGUUCUUCAAAAGCCCUGUAGAGACAGCCUUGCAGUGUUUUAGUCACAUCUCUCAGGUUUGGUGUUUCCAGAAGAAACAAACAGAUCUUCUUAUUGCCUUUUAUAAGGAUAGAAUUACAAAAUUAGAAGCAGCUGUGAAGGAGGCCCAGCAAACAGUGGUUAGCCAGAACAAAGAGCUAUCAGUCUUGAGAAAGGAGAAUGGAGAACUGAAGAAAUUUCUAGCCAUCCUAAAGGGAUCUCCAAGCUGCUACUACGGAAGCAGAUUAACCACACCUCGACCAGUGGGCAUUACUUCCCCAUCACAAUCAGUUGCUCCACGCCCAAGUUCCCAGCAUAGCAGCCAAGUGGUCAGUCGUUCUUCUUCUAUGGAGUCUAUCCCUUAUACAAUGCCUGGCUUUGGUAAUGUGGAACAGAAACCCCUUCACCAGCUUCAACUCAUAGCCUCUCUUACAGACCUUCAUCUGCUUCCUCUGGACAGGGGAUCUCUUUUAGAACAUUCCUCAGUGGGGACUCAGGCCACACAGGAAUCCUCACUCCCAACAAUUCUGGUCAGAGGGAGAGCAGAGCCACACCAGAGAAUCUUCCUGGUUUCCAACUUCCAGUCCUACAGACGUUCUACCAACAGAGGCAGAUGGGAUUAGCCAGGAGAGAAGGAUGGAGCAUUUCCAGAUAGACAUCUCUUUUGCAGGUUCUAGAACCAUGGAAUGAGCAAGUGGAGUUAACAGCCUGCUAUCACUACUGAAGCAUCAAUAAAUCUUAUCAUCUGACU